CUCCUCUCUUCUCUUUAUUACCAUCCCACUCCCACCGCCACCUUCACUCACCUCUCUCUCUCUCUCUCUAAAAACUCAUCUUCUCAUUCUAACAAUCCAUGGCAGAUCGCCCACAUCAGAUCCAAGUCCGGCCACAGCACCUCUACGACGGCGGUUUGAAGACUCGCCAAGACGGUCCAUCCCCAAGCAAAGUCCUCGCAGUCAUCGCCCUCCUCCCCCUCGGCGGAACACUACUCUGCCUCGCCGGAAUCACCCUCUUCGGAACCCUCAUCGGCCUCGCCGUCACCACCCCUCUCUUCAUCAUCUGCAGCCCCGUUCUCGUCCCCGCCACCAUCGCCGCAGGUCUGGCCGUGGCUGGAAUUCUCACGUCGGGGGCUUUCGGGCUCACCGGGCUGUCGUGGCUGACGCGGGUGGUGAAUUACUUGCGCGGAGUCGGUGCUUCGAUGCCGCAGCAGUUGGAUGAGGCGAAGAGGCGCAUGCAGGAUGUGGCGGUGCAAAUGGGGGAGAAGGCGAAGGAGGUCGGCGAAGCAAUACAGAAGAAGGCUCAGGAAGCUGGCAAAUAGAAAGAUUUAAAUGGAGCCAAUAUGUGAAAAUGGGAAAUGUGUUAAUUUGAUGUAUGUUUUUUUUUUCAGUUUCAUUGCAUUGCUUAUUUUCAACUUGUUUGUGUUUUGUGUAUGUGUUAUAUCUUUGUGGGGUUUAUCAUAUAUUUUGAGGUGGAUUUUGA